UGGGUUACUGGCGAUUGGAGCUGGUUACCUGCGUUGGGAGCUGGUUAUUGGCGAUUGGAGCGGGUUACUGGCGACUGGAGUGGGUUACUGGCGAUUGGAUUGGGUUACUGGCGAUUGGAGCUGGUUACCUUCGACUGGAGCAGGUUACUGGCAAUUGGAGCUGGUUUCCUGCGUUUGGAGCUGGUUACUGGCGACUGGAGUGGGUUACUGGCGAUUGGAGCGGGUUACUGGCGAUUGGAGCUGGUUACCUGCAUUUGGAGCUGUUUACCCUCGACUGGAGCAGGUUACUGGCGAUUGGAGCUGGUUAG